UGUGUGUGGUACAAUUGGUGGAGUCGGGUACGAAACUGUCCUUUCGCUUUUCCUGUGAGGCACAGUCAACACAGCGAGCUAAAAAGAAAAAAAAAAGAAAGAAAGAAACUAGCCAAACCAAACCGUUAACCGAUUUUUGUUUUUAAAAGCGGGAUAUUACCGGGAGUUAUUAUGUCGGCAAAUAAAGACAGUGACGGCGGAUGGAGGACAUUUCUGUGGAAUUCAGAGAAGAGAGAGUUUCUAGGACGAACAGGGUGCAGUUGGUUUAAAAUCAUCUCGUUCUACGUGAUAUUCUACCUAUGCUUGGCUGGAAUCUUCGUCGGGACCAUCCAGGCCCUGCUGCUUACGUUAAGCAAAUACAAGCCCACCUAUCAGGACAGAGUCGCCCCUCCAGGUCUAUCACACACCCCACGCUCAGAGAAAUCUGAAAUUUCUUUUAUCAAGUCAGAUGAGAAAUCAUACGAGAAGUAUGUUGCCAGCAUGCAGAAGUUCCUCGACCUCUAUAACGAAACAAUUCAGGCUGAUGAGAUGAAAUAUGAAGACUGUGGAGUUGCUCCUGCAACAUACAAGGAACGUGGAAGUCUGGAUACCGACCUAGGCCAGAGGAAAGCUUGCCGCUUCCAGAGGCGGUUGCUUCAAAGCUGCUCAGGUCUGAACGAUCCCACUUUUGGCUUCCGUGAGGGAAAGCCUUGCAUCAUCGUCAAGCUCAACAGGAUCGUCAAUUUCAGACCAAAGGCUCCCACUAACAAUCAGUCCCUCCCAGAAGGUCUGCUGGGCAAACUCCAGCCCAAUCUGAUCCCCAUUUACUGCAAAAAUAAGCGAGAGGAAGAUGAAAGCAAGGUUGGCGAGAUCAAGUACUUUGGCCUGGGCGAAGGCUUCCCUCUGCAGUACUAUCCAUACUACGGCAAGCAGCUGCAGCCCCAGUACCUCCAGCCUCUGGUCGCCAUCCAGUUCACCAACCUCACUUUCGACACGGAGCUGCGCGUGGAGUGCAAAGUAUACGGAUCAAACAUCGACUACAGCGAGAAAGACCGCUACCAGGGACGUUUCGAUGUCAAGCUGACAGUCAGCUCGUGACCUCAGCAAUGACGAGCACUCUCAUUUUACAAUCGAAUAAAAUGUAGAGAAAAUUAAAAAAAAAACAAAAAAAAGAAAGAGUUCAGAUAAAAACACCACUAGUCUUUGAACAUUCAUAAUAUACAGGACCUACACUUAAUCUGUGUGCUUUACACCCGCUUUUCUGUGUGUUUGUCGAGGGUUAGAAUGUAAAAUACAAGAGUAGCAAUAGCAAAUAUUUAUUCUACUGUACAUGAAAAUAUUCCUUGAGCCAUGGGAUGUGUUCAUCUAUUACUGUAAAACUGCAAUUCCACUACUGACGUGUAGCGAGCUGUGUUUCUGUCCCCAAACUAUCUCAUCCUAACGUGGUUUCUAUAUAUUUUUGGAGUGUCCAGUGCUGUAGUCUAGUCCUGUUGUAAUCUCUUCUUCUCUGUCUUAUGUCAGCUUUAGUGGUCCAAGGUGUGUGCGCGUGCGCUCGUGUUUUCCAUGUGCAGGACUGUGUUAGAUUACGUGAGUGUGUGGAGUGUGCGUGUUAAUGUGCUCUGACUAACUGAAAUACUAGCAUGGUACUCUGAACCUUUUAAGGCCCAUGUAUGAGUAAAUGACUGCGCUCCAUGGAAUCUGUUUUUUUGUGUGUUUCUUUACCCGAGUUGACUGUGGAAGGAGACGUUUGUACACAUUUUUCUUUGUUGUUCACCUUUUAGCUGUAGGAUUUAUUGGUUUGAUGACAUUUCUGUUUGAUACUCUUACAUCUCUUCAUUCUUAAUUCAUAGUGUAGAGCUUUGUGGGUCCAGCCUAGAAAGACUGUCACCUCCAUGGAAACAGUGGCAACUCAGUGCUUUGAAAUCUGUUUUUGCUGGAGACGUCACAUGACUGUGAUGCUACUUACUAUUGAAUGUUUUAGCCAUUUUCAUGGUGGAAGAAUUUUAUAUUUAUGCAGUUGUACAUUUUUUUCAAAGUUUAAUGUAUGAAUCCAAUACCAAAGUCGCUGGUCAGAGAGUGAGAGAAUAUCAGAGGCAAUGCAGUAUCCCGUGUAAUAAGAUGUUUAGUUGGUGUGCAAAUACUUAAUUCAAUGUUGAAGAUCAAAAACACCUGUCAGGAGUCUGCUCUUGUCACUUUAUUUAAUCUGCAUAAGGCUGAAACAAUAAACAGAAAAAUGAGA